CUACAUACCCACUUAAUAAUAAUAUUAAUAAUUCUUUCGAGUUUCUUCUGCUCCUCAUACUACACUGCUGUCAUUUCUAAUCAUUCUUGAAUCUUGAAACCGUAGAUUAGUGAUACUGGAGUGGUUUCAUUGUUUUUUUGUUUCUGUUGUUGUGUGUAUUGGAAUUUGAUGUUAAAGGGUGAAUCUUUAUAUUAUUAGGAACAAUUUCUUGUUUUUCCGGCGGAGAUGCCGACGCCGGUGGCGACAGCCCGGCAAUGCUUGACGGCGGAGGCGGUGAGGGCGCUGGACGAGGCGGUGGCGGCGGCGCGGCGGCGUGGGCAUGCUCAGACGACGUCGGUUCACAUGGUGUCGUCGCUGCUCUCGCUGCCGUCGUCGUCGGCGCUGCGGGAGGCGUGUUGCCGGGCGCGCAACAAUGCGUACUCUACGCGCCUACAGUUCAAGGCGUUGGAGCUCUGCCUCGGGGUGACGCUGGACCGGCUGCCGUCGUCGCCGAACCGGGCCGGAGAAGAUGAACCGCCGGUUUCGAACUCGCUCAUGGCGGCCAUCAAGCGGUCGCAGGCGAACCAGAGACGGCAGCCGGAGAAUUUCAGCUUUUAUCAGCAACAGCAGCAGUCUUCUUGUUCUUCAGCUCCGGUGGUGAAGGUGGAGCUACAGAAUAUGAUUCUCUCCAUUCUUGAUGACCCGGCGGUGAGCCGGGUCUUCGGGGAAGCCGGGUUCAGAAGCUGUGAUAUCAAGAUCGCCAUUUUAAGGCCGGUUCACCAGUUCUUUAGAUAUUCCAGGUAUAAAGGACCACCCCCUCUGUUUCUCUGUAAUUUAUCUGGGGAUUCUGAGCUGGGAAGAAAAGGUUUCACCUUCCCUUUCCUAGGGGUUUCAGAUGGAGGAGGAGGAGAUCAGAAUUGCAGGAGAAUCAGUGAGGUUUUCCUAAAGCCCAACCAGAAAAACCCCAUGCUAGUUGGGGUUUGUGCUCAUGAAGCUCUCAGGACUUUCCUGGAAACUCUCCAGACAAGAAGAGAUGGAUCAGGGCUAAUACCCUCACACCUCUCUGGACUAACUGUAAUCUGUAUCGAACCCGAGCUUUCGGGUUAUGUUAACGGGGAUUACGACGAGGAUAAGCUGAGACUGAAGCUUGAGGAAGUGACCAGAAUGGUGGAGCAAUGCAUAGGCCCUGGUGUUGUGCUCAAUUUUGGUGAUCUCAAAGUGUUGGCUGGGGAUGAACCUUCCGGUGAAUCUUUGCAGCCCGUGAUUCGCGGGUUGGCUCGGUUGAUUGAGGUUUGUGCUGGGAAACUGUGGGUGAUCGGAGCUGUGGCGCGAUACGAGGUUUACUUGAAGGUCUUGAAUAGAUUCCCCUCCAUUGAGAAAGAUUGGGACUUGCAGCUCUUGACAAUCACCUCUCCAGGACCUUUCCCAGGUGAAUCAUACCCCAAAUCCAGCUUGAUGGAGUCUUUUGUUCCAUUUGGAGGGCUGUUUGCUGAUAUGAAAAGCCCAUUAAGCAGCUCGUACCCGAGCGUUUCGCGGUGUUGUCUCUGCAGCGAGAAGUGCAGGCAAGAAAUUAAUGCGGUUUCGAGUGGGGGGUUUGGUUCUUCGGUUGCAGACCACUACCAGCAGUCGAGUCUGCCUUCUUGGCUGCAAAGCAGCAACAAGAUGGAGGUGAUGAAGGCCAAAGAUGAUGAUUAUAAUGUGGUUUUGAAUGCCAAAAUCGCGGGAUUGCAGAGGAAAUGGGACUCGCUCUGUCAGCGCCUGCACUACGAGCCGUUCUCGAGAACGAGUAGUGGUGCUCAGCUCGAUUCUCGAGUCCCGUCCAUCGUGGGGUUUCGAGUCGUGGAAGACGGGAAUAAGGACAGGGUCGUGCCUUCUAAUGCCUCGAAAGAGAGCAGUCCACUCGGGGUACUCUCGGAUGAGCUUCCUCUCAGUUUGUCCAGUUCGAGUACUUGCUCGAAUUCUCCAACCUCAGUGACCUCGGUGACAAUGGAUUUAGGUUUGCAUAUUUGCUCGAAUUCUCCAUCCAACAUCUCGAGAAAUGCUCAAUUCAAUCCGAAAGACUUCAAGGUGCUAUACGAGGCUCUAGCCGAGAGGGUUUGGUGGCAGGAAGAAGCUGUGAAAGUUAUCAGCCAAAGAAUAGCCCAGUGCAGGCACCCCCGGGCAACUCGAGGAGACGUAUGGUUCCAUUUCUCGGGACCGGAUAGCGUGGGGAAGAAAAAACUCGUCGUUUCCCUUUCUGAAAUACUACACGGGAGCACACAUAGCUUGAUCUGUGUCGAUCUGAGCUUCGAGGAAGGCACCCGAGCCUGCAUUAAGUCACUGUUUGAUCUCCAGUUUGUGAACAAGUAUGAUGUGAAGUUGAGAGGCAAAAACGUUGUGGAUUACAUUGCAGAGAAGCUGGGUGAGAAGCCCGUGUCUGUUAUCUUCCUCGAGAACGUUGAGAAAGCCGAUCUCCUCGUGCAAAAUAGCCUCUCCCGGGCUGUGAAAACCGGGAAAUUCUCAGACUCACAUGGAAGAGAAAUUAGUACUAGUAAUGCCAUCUUUGUGACCACUUCAGGUUCCCCAGAAGGCUAUUCUGAAGAACAAAUUCUUGCAGUAAAAGGCUGGCCAAUUCAUAUCCAGAUUGGAGUUGAUCUUGGAGAUGAUAAUCCCAACAAGAGAAAAACCAUCGACACAGUCGAAAACGAGGACCGUUUUGCCAUCCCCGAGAUAGCAAAACGCGCCCACCGGGCAUCAAAUCCAUCCCUCGACUUGAAUCUCCCAGCUGCUGACAAUGACAGAACCGAGGAACCCGACACAGGGCCAUGGUUGGAAGAGUUCCUCAGACAGGUCGACGAGACAGUCACAUUCGAGCCAUUUGGCCUCGGGUCACUUGCAGAGAAAACGGUGAAGGAGAUCGAACACUGCUUCCACAAAAUCAUCGGGCCCGAGUGCUUGCUCGAGAUCGAAUCUAAAGUAAUGGAACAGAUUUUAGCAGCUGCCUGUUUAACCAAUAACAAGAAGGUAGAAGAUUGGAUCCAGAGUGUUCUUGUCAGGGGAUUUGUAGAAGCUCAAGAAAAGUAUAGCCUAACUGCUCAUUCUGUUGUCAAGCUAGUUACUAGCAGAUUUGCAGAAGAGCAUAAACCAGGAAUAGUUCUUCCUGGGAAAAUUAGAAUGAACUGAAUGAAUUUAGUAAGGUCUUCUUCUUCUUCUUCUUCUUCAUUGUUAUUAUUAUUAUUAUGUAGUAGUGGAUGUAUAAAUAUAUAAUUUUAGCCUUCUCUGUAGUCUGUUUAUCCCAUGUGUUUAUUGGGUAGUUUCAGGUUUUAUGUCUUAUAGCAUAGAAUGUAUUUUGGGUCCAAUGCACUUUCCUAGGUCUGUAUUAAUGUUAAUCUUAGCUCAUCAUGGUUUGGUUACCCUAAUUAUUAAACUUAGCUAAUCUUUUAUGUGC